AUUCCAUCCUCCCCUAGCCGCGGAUUUGGACGUGAAACCACAUACUCCACAGCCUCGCCAUAACAACAAACACCUGGUGGUCCACCUCCUUCUACUGUACUUUGUCGUUGGUUCUCCGCGCCGCUGCCGGGGCUGGUGGAAGAGAACAAAGGAGGAGGGGGACGCCACCAUGUGGGCGAACGUGGAGCGUCUCUCGUGCUCGCUGGACACUACUCUUGACGUGAUACGUAAGACCUGCACAGGCAGAGUUACAUGUAUCUGCUACAGCUCCACCUGGUUCGACCUGAGACGGUGUGGGACAAAACGGGGAUGUUCAUCUGCCUUGCCUGCGUGCUCUUUGUCUCUGCAACAGCUGUUUGCUGACGUGUCACUCAGUUUAUCCCAGUUUACUAGAUAUCAUUAAGUCCCUAAUCUUAUUAACUAAGAGCGGACGGUGGCAGUAGUAGCACUGGAUUAACGUUUAUGGACGGGAAUUAAGGUCCUAAUGAGUCGUCGGCAUCACCGACAAGCUGCGUGGGACCCAUCCGCCAACUCCACGUCACCUCCUCCUACGUCGACCCUGGCAUUUAAGACCACACCCUCCCCAGCUUCCCCUUCUCCGCCUGAGACUGGUCCUCCGCCUCCCGCCGGGCGAUCACGCCGGAUCGCGCGAAUCUUGAGGCCCCUGCCUCGCUACGUUCGCAUGCCACGGGAGACACGCCGCGCACUCUCCUCCUCCGCCUUCGCCUCGCUUCGCUUCUCUUCCAUUGUCGCCGCUGCCCUCCGCUUUCCUUCUGUUCUGUGGGGGUUGGGGUUCCCUUUCUCAUCUCAACGCACCGUGUAAUGAGAUCUUCACCGUUGGAUUGUUCCUUCGUCCCUAAAUUUCUCCCUUUUUAUUUCUCUUUUUCUGCAUCUGAAUUAUAUAUUAUUGGAUAUGAUCUUAAAUUUUGAGGGAAAGUAAAUUCCAAGAAAUUAUGUGGAUUUAUGGAGGAAUGUGAAUGUAUUCUUUGAAUUGAGGAUCGAAAUAGAUUUUUGACGGAAAUGGCGGAAGAGAAGCCUACCUCGAAGCCGGUGCUCCAGAAGCCACCGGGGUACCGUGACCCGGCAGCGGCGGCCCCCGCCGCGCCGAGGCCGCCGCCCAGGCGGCAGCCGCUGCCCCCGGCGUUCCGCCAGCCCGGGAAGCCGCUCCCCCGCCAGCGCUACCGCCGCUCGCGGCGCUGCUCCUGCUGCCGCAUCUGCUGUUGGGCAUCCGCGGUGGCCCUCGUCGCGGCUGCGAUACUCGCCGUGGUCGCCGGACUCGCGUACCUCUGGUUCCAGCCGCGGCUGCCCUCCUUCCGCCUCGAGUCCCUCAACGCUACCCAGCUUCGCGUCGCCGUCAGGCCCGACGGGACCUUCCUCGACGCCGUCACCAAGGUCGGGAUCCUGGUGUCGAACCCCAACGGGAGGAUCGUGGUGGAGUACGGUGACGGGAAGGCGCGGAUGUCGGUGGCGGAUGACGACGGCGACGUGGCUGUUGGGGAAGCGGCGAUCGCGGGGUUCGAGCAGGCGAGGAGGAAUCGGACGGUGGUGCGGUUCGCGGCGGCGGCGAGGGGGGUGGCGGUGGACGAGGUGGCCGGGGAGAGGAUCCGGGCCGGCUUCAGGAGCAAGGAAGUGCGGUUCGUGCUGGAAGUGAGGACGAAGGUGGGGAUCCGGGUGGGCGGUAUGAGUACCGGUAAGGUGCCGAUCCGGGUGGGGUGCGGCCCGGUGAGCUUAAAGCAGGGGGUGAGCGGUGCGACGCCGCCCAAGUGCCGCUUCUACUUGCUUAGAUGGAUUAAUUUGCAUUGAGAGGGUUUUCUAGGUGUAUGUCUAAAGGAGAUGAUGACAUUUGCUGUUGCUGUAUAGCAGAUUUGUAUUUGUUUUCCCAUAUAUAAGCAUUUGGAAGGGAUCGAUCUUCGAGUUCGGCUUCGACUUGCUUCGCAUAAAGCUUGUAUUUACACAAAUGAUUAUGAAAUACUAAUUUUUUUUUGUUUACUUGUAUGGGACAUUUGGGACUUUUUUUUUUAUAUAUAGUGUUAAUGAAUUUGUGUUCCUAAUAA